UUGUAUCUAUGUGGGCAGGAUGUCAAGGCAGGCACCACUGCACCGGAAUGACAACACGAUGCUCUCACUUCUAAUUGCACUGCUCAUGGUAUCCAAGGGACAAGCCCAGGACCAGCAAGUUCUGUGUGGCCACAGACCUGCCUUUCCAAACUCAUCAUGGUUGCCAUUGCGGGAGCUGCUUGAGGUCCAGCCUGGUGAAUUCCCAUGGCAAGUGAGUAUCCAGAUGCUCGGGAAACACCUGUGUGGAGGCUCCAUCAUCCACCAGUGGUGGGUUCUGACAGCAGCACACUGCUUCCCGAGAACCCUAUUAGAACUGGUAGCAGUGAACAUCACUGUGGUCAUGGGCAUCAAGACUUUCAGUGAUAGCAACUUGGAGAGAAAACAAGUGCAGAAGAUCAUCGCUCACAAAGACUACAAGCCGCCCCACCUCGACAGCGACCUCUGCCUACUCCUACUUGCCACGCCAAUCCAAUUCAAUAAAGUCAAAAUGCCCAUCUGCCUGCCACAGAGGGAGAGCUCCUGGGACCGGUGUUGGAUGUCAGAGUGGGCAUAUACUCAUGGCCAUGGUUCAGCCAAAGGCUUAAACAUGCACCUUAAGAAGCUGAGGGUGGUUCAGAUUAGCUGGAGGGCAUGUGCCAAGAGGGUGACUCAGCUCUCCAGGAACAUGCUUUGUGCCUGGAAGGAAGUGGGUACCAACGGCAAGUGCCAGGGAGACAGCGGGGCACCCAUGGUCUGUGCUAACUGGGAGACUCGGAGACUCUUUCAAGUGGGUGUCUUCAGCUGGGGCGUAACUUCGGGAUCCAGGGGGAGGCCUGGCAUGUUUGUGUCUGUGGCUCAGUUUAUCCCAUGGAUCCUGGAGGAGACACAAAGGGAGGGACAAGCCCUCACCCUCUCAAAAGCCUCAAAAAGUCUCUUGGCUUGCGCUCCACGCUACCAUUCCAUAUUGCUAAGCUUGGGCUCUCAGAUACUGCUUGCUGCCAUGUUUUCUGGGGAUAAAGCAAAUUGCUAAGCUCUGACUCU